AUGUCUACAGCAGAUUUGAUGGAGAAUCUCAGGGAGGAACUGACCUGUUUCAUCUGCUUGGACUAUUUCACCAGCCCAGUGACCACUUAGUGUGAGCACAGCUUUUGGGUGUGUCUCCUGAGAAGCUGGGAGGACCUUGGAGAUAACACUCCUUUAUCUUGUCCUGAGUGCUGGAGGACCUUGGAGAUCCCACAUUUCCAGCCCAAUGAGCAUAUGGGGAGGCUGGCUGGCAUCGGCAAGCAGCUCAGAUCCCAGGUGCUGCGGAGUGAGGUCAACCAAGGCAGCUAUGAGAGAAUGCUAGCUGCCACUAAGGUGUUGUGUGAUGAUGAGCAGGGUGUAAAGGAUUUCUCAACCCAAGGUCAUGGAAUAAACAGAAUGAAUCUCUCGAAUGAGGCUGAGGAGAAUCAUAAAGAGAAGCUCCAGGAAAUCCUAAAUAUUUUGCGUAAAAAGAAAAAUGAAACUCAGGUUAUAUUAACCCAUGAGAAGGAGAGAGUGAUAUUGUGUAAGGAAGAGACAAGGACCUGUAAACAGGUUAUUGUGUCAGAAUAUGCAAAAAUGCACCAGUUCCUGAAGGAGGAGGAGCAGCUGCAGCUCCAGCUACUGGAAACGGAGGAAAGAGAGAACCUGAGGAGACUGAAGGACCAUGAGAUCAAGCUGACCCAGCGAAUUCGAAGCCUGAGCAAAACAAUUGGACAGAUAGAGUCCAUGUGUCAGAACUCGAUCAUAGAGUCAUUUGAGGAUGUAAGAGGAAUACUGGAAAGGAGUGAGCCACUCUUGCUUCAGUGUCCAGAGGCCAUCACCAUGGAACUGACUCUAUGCCACAUCACUGGAAUGAGGGAGAUGCUAAGAGAAUUUAGCACGGAUGUAACUCUAGAUCCAGCCACAGCCAAUGCCUAUCUUGUCUUGUCUGAGGAUCUGAAAAGUGUGAAACAUGGAGGAACCCGACAGCAGUUGCCUGACAACCCCGAAAGAUUUGACCAAUCUGCAAUGGUGCUGGACGCUCAGAUCUUCACCUGCGGGAGACACUGCUGGGAGGUGGAAGUGGGCAACAAGACUGAGUGGGAGGUAGGCAUCUGCAAGGACUCAGUGAGCAGAAAGGGGAAUCUCCCCAAGUCUCCAGGGGACCUCUUCUCAGGUUUAAAAAUUGGGGAUGAUUAUAGUCUUUGGGUCUCAUCACCUUUGAAAGGCCAACAUGUUAGAGAGCCAGUGCAUAAGGUUGGUGUUUUCUUAGACUAUGAGUCCGGGCACACAGCAUUCUACAAUGUGAGAGACGAGUCCCUUAUCUACAGUUUCCCUCCAGCCUCUUUCCAAGAGGCUCUCAGGUCCAUCUUCUCCCCUUGUUUCCCAAAUGAAGGGACAAACACAGGCCCUCUUACCAUCUGCUCACUGAAUAACCAUGUCUGA